AUACUUCUUUGUAGGCCUCCUCUUCGUUUCUCUAGUUUUCGCUCAAGGUCAUGGAGGAAGCAUGAAAAAUUACUCUUUCGAGAAGCUUUUAAGAGCUCGACGACAAUCAAAAAAUAAUUCUGAUCAGAACCGUGUUAUUGUCACAAGCGAUAUUAAUACGUAUUCACCGGUGUAUGUAAGUGCUCAGUGUGGGCUUAAGGAAGCCGAUAAGAUCGUUGCAUUACCUGGACAACCUGCCGGAGUGACCAUUGAGCAAUACUCGGGUUAUGUAACCGUUGAUCCUCAAGCCGGAAGAGCUUUAUUCUACUACUUUGUGGAGUCCAAACAUCCAUGUUCCAAACCCCUUGUGCUUUGGUUAAAUGGAGGACCGGGCUGCUCCUCGUUGGGAGCCGGAGGUUUUUCGGAACUUGGGCCCUUUCGGCCGAACCCUGAUGGAAAAACAUUGUGGGAGAACAAAUACUCUUGGAACAAUGAGGCGAAUAUUUUGUUCCUCGAGUCUCCGGCAGGAGUAGGGUUUUCGUACUCGAAUACAACAUCUGAUUAUGAUAAGAGCGGAGACGCGAGAACGGCUAAGGAUGCGUAUGCUUUCCUAGUAAAUUGGUUAGAAAGGUUUCCAGAGUACAAAGGCCGAGAUUUCUUCUUAACUGGUGAGAGCUACGCAGGACACUAUGUUCCCCAACUAGCUCAACUCAUUCAACACAAUAACAAGAUCACAAACCAAACUGUCAUUAAAUUAAAAGGAAUUGCCAUUGGAAACGCAUUAUUGGACGACGAGGCAUGUAGUAGAGCUAGGUACGAGUCACUGUGGAGGCAUAACUUGAUCUCCGACGAAAUUCACGACAAUAUAGUAGCAAGUUGUAAUUUUUUCGACGGACAAUCAUCGCCGAUGUGCGAUGAAUAUCGUAAUGAAGCAUUCGCGGCUGCUGGAAAUAUCAACCCAUACAAUAUUUAUGCCCCCUUGUGCUCUUCACCGCCUUCCUCAAGCCCAGGGGUUUCCUAUUUUGAUCCAUGCACGGAGAAUUACGUGAGUGAAUACUUGAACCUUCCCGAAGUACAAGAAGCUCUCCAUGCAAAUGUCUCGGGCAACCUUCCCGGAGAAUGGGAGUUUUGCAGCGGUCAGAUUGUUUGGAAUGAUUGGCCAUCGACAGUGUUGCCGGUUGUUGAAGAAUUAAUCGAAAGCGGGAUUAGUAUUUGGAUAUACAGUGGUGACACGGAUUAUGUAGUGCCAACGACAGCAAGUGUUUUCAGCAUCGACAAACUCAAUACUACGGUUAAGACCCCAUGGUAUCCGUGGAUAUAUCAAAAUGAGGUUGGCGGUUAUGUGGUGGAAUAUGAGAAAGUGACGUUUGUGACGAUAAGAGGAGCUGGACAUUUUGUUCCAAGUUAUCAACCUGCUCGUGCUCUUACUUUCUUCUCAUCGUUUCUUAAAGGGAAGCUUCCGCCUUCAAAAUAGGCACGAGUUUGUUGAAGAUUUCACGUUAAUGGUUGAUGUCAAC